AUGAAGUCUUACUCUCUUCCAGUCUGGCUGUUCUGGCUAACCAAAGCUCAAGCGUUGACCAUUCCCGGUCCCGUUGAGCCCAACGUCGGCUCUGGACAAGGCUCUCACGCCGAGUACAGACGCGACGGCCAAUACAAGCGCAACGUCGAGACAUCCGAUUACCUGUCCACCUACGGCACAGAAGACAUUAUCCCCGUCACUGAGACUGUCAGCGUUACCACCAGCUCCGCUCCUACUGGCGCCGUCGAGAUCCUCCCCUCUCUUGAAGACGUCGAGCCUCAAACCACCGGUAUCGUUAUCACUAAAAUUGAAGCUUCCGGAGACAAAAAGGACGGCCCCCUUCUUACGCCGUACAUCCCUAAGCCCACGUCGCUCCUCCAACCUGUCACGACUGUUUCCGAGGCAAAGCGAGCUGAGGAAACCAGCAACGAGCUGAUCAAGAUGUCCGAAAAUUCGGAAAGGAGAUACUUCGCUAGGGCCGACGCCGACAUCUUCGCAAAACCCAUCGGCACUGCUGCACCACCCUCCGUCAUCUCCCAGCGGACGGAUCACCCAGUUCCUCGCUUGGGCAUCACCAAGAACGGACCUCUUCAGACCAACAAAUUCUACUCCAACUUCUUCCUUGGCGACCAAAUCCAGCCGACCUUCACUUUCCCCUACUCUGUUGCAUGGGCGGGUGGCACUGGCGCAGCUGCCAGCUGGGGUCUCGCCAUUUCUCACAUUGCGGUGAGCCAGAGAACAUUUGGACCGAUCCAGUAUAACAAUGCUGCGGAAUUCUAUAUCAACCCUGUUGGCAUUCAGUCCAUGAUCAUCUCCUGCAAGGGGUUGGCCAACAAGACCACCCUGAGUUUGGACUCCGUCACACCAUACUCGGCCAGAGUCAUCCUUCGGAAGGACAGCAGCUCACAACCCGCCAUCAAGUUCCCCCUAGUUCAGGGAAUGCAAUUCGUUACCGCCCAGUUUACCGGCGCCACCCCCAUGAUCCAGUCCGCCGUCUACUUCAAGAGUAUGACUCGAGUGACCAAGGACCCCAAGACCAAUGUGGCCAAGUACAACUUUAUCCUCGAGGAUGGCACGACCUGGCGCCUGUAUGCGUACAACACGAAGGGGGAUGCAUUGAGCUUGACAGUUGUUAACAACGGCUUGGCUCAAUCUUCCAAGGCUUUUUACGGCACUAUCCAGAUCGCCAAGGAUCCCAAGCAGACCAGCUCGGAGAAAUCGCUCGAUGACGGUGCUGGUAUCUACCCAAGCACCCUCACCCUCAAGGGCUCUGUUUCCGGAGCGGCGGGUACCUACAAAUUCAACUUUGUCCGAAAUGGCCACUCGACUGGAAACCUGUACAUGCACGCGCUACCGCACCAUGUUGCGACUUUUGAUGCGGACACCAAGAGCCGCCUUGUCCCGACCGUCAAGAUGCAGACAACGACCAAAGGCCUGACCACUUUGGUCAAGGGGACUACCUGGACCAUGACUGAGCCGAAUAUGCCUAUUACCAUGGGCUUGACCCCUUGGAGUACCACGAAGGGUGUCCGCAAGACCCUCUCUGCCUCGGCCAAGGCUGCCAUCAAGGCUGUGGCCCAAGUUGAGAUUUCGCAAGACAUGGGCGCACAGACGAACCUAGAAUCGAUGUACUUCAGUGGGAAGGCCCUCGCCAAAUUUGGCCAAAUCAUCUACGUCCUCAACGAGAUGUUGGGUGAGGCUGGUCUGGCUCAAGCUGGCCUCACGAAGCUCAAGACAGCCUUCAGCGUCUUUGUUUCCAAUAAGCAGAAGUAUCCUCUGGUCUACGAGACAGGUGCUUGGGGUGGAGUGGUCUCCAGUGCGACCUAUAAAACCGGCGACUCUGGACUUGACUUUGGCAACACCUACUACAACGAUCACCACUUCCAUUACGGCUAUCAUGUUCUGGCUGCUGCCUACAUCGCCAAAUAUGACAAGACCUGGCUUGCUGCGAACAGGGCCUGGGUUGAGAUGCUGAUCCGAGAUUACGCGAACCCGAGUACUUCCGACCCCUACUUCCCGGCUUCUCGAAGCUUUGAUUGGUAUCACGGCCACAGUUGGGCCACUGGACUGUUCGCUCAAUGGGACGGCAAGAAUCAAGAAUCCAGCUCCGAGGAUGUCAUGGCCAUGCACGCGAUCAAGUCAUGGGGUCAGGUCGUUGGUGAUAGUACCAUGGUUGCACGAGCGAACCUUCAACUGGCUAUCCAAGCACGGACUUUGAGCCAACACUAUCUUUACACUUCCGACAACGUACAGCAGCCUAAGAAUUUUAUCGGGAACAAGGUCGCUGGUAUUGUUUUCGAGAACAAGAUCCAUCACACAACGUUCUUCAGCAGCGACAUCGAAGCGAUCCAGGGCAUUCACAUGAUCCCGGUUGGAGCGCCAAGCAUGUACACCCGGCCAAAGACAUUUGUUCAGCAGGAAUGGGAUGCCUACUUCAGCAACGGCCGCAUUGACAAGAUUGACAAUGCUUGGAAGAGCAUUAUCUAUGCCAGUUACGCGACGGUCAACCCCAAGACGGCCUGGAAUUAUUUCAACUCGUCGACUUUCAACACCAACAACAUUGAUGGUGGAGCGUCGCAGACGUGGUACAUGGCGUACGCUGCAGCUCUGGGUAGUAUCUAA